AUGAGCGCAAACUUCAUCCUGGACGGGCCCGCUCAGACCAACGGGCAGUGCUUCAGCGUCGAGACGCUGCUGGACAUCCUCAUCUGCCUGUACGAUGAGUGCAACAACUCUCCGCUCCGAAGGGAGAAGAACAUUCUCGAAUACCUGGAGUGGGCCAAACCAUUUACUUCUAAAGUGAAACAGAUGCGUCUACAUAGAGAAGACUUUGAGAUAUUGAAGGUGAUUGGUCGAGGAGCUUUUGGAGAGGUUGCUGUAGUGAAACUAAAAAAUGCAGAUAAGGUAUUUGCCAUGAAAAUACUGAAUAAAUGGGAAAUGCUGAAAAGAGCUGAGACAGCAUGUUUUCGUGAAGAAAGGGACGUGUUAGUGAAUGGAGAUAAUAAAUGGAUUACAACCCUGCAUUAUGCUUUCCAGGAUGACAAUAACUUAUACCUGGUGAUGGAUUAUUAUGUUGGUGGGGAUUUGCUGACUCUGCUCAGCAAAUUUGAAGAUAGACUGCCUGAAGAUAUGGCUCGGUUUUACCUGGCUGAGAUGGUGAUAGCAAUCGACUCCGUUCAUCAGCUGCACUACGUACACAGGGACAUCAAACCUGACAACAUAUUGAUGGACAUGAAUGGACAUAUUCGGUUAGCAGAUUUUGGUUCUUGUCUGAAGCUGAUGGAAGAUGGAACGGUCCAGUCUUCAGUGGCUGUUGGAACUCCAGAUUAUAUCUCUCCUGAAAUCCUUCAAGCCAUGGAAGACGGGAAAGGCAGAUAUGGACCUGAGUGUGACUGGUGGUCUUUGGGCGUCUGUAUGUACGAAAUGCUUUAUGGAGAAACACCAUUUUAUGCAGAAUCUCUGGUGGAGACAUAUGGAAAAAUUAUGAAUCAUAAAGAGAGGUUUCAGUUUCCAGCUCAAGUGACCGACGUGUCUGAAAAUGCUAAGGAUCUUAUUCGAAGGCUCAUUUGCAGCAGAGAACACCGACUGGGUCAGAACGGCAUAGAAGACUUUAAGAAACACCCCUUUUUCAAUGGAAUCGAUUGGGAUAAUAUUCGAAACUGUGAAGCACCUUAUAUUCCAGAAGUUAGUAGCCCCACAGAUACAUCCAAUUUUGAUGUGGAUGAUGAUUGUUUAAAGAACUCUGAAACGAUGCCCCCCCCCACACAUACCGCCUUUUCUGGCCACCACCUGCCGUUUGUUGGUUUCACAUACACUAGUAGCUGUGUUCUUUCUGAUCGGAGCUGUUUACGAGUGACAGCCGGGCCCGCUUCCCUCGACCUGGAUGUCAACGUUCAGAGGACUCUGGACAACAACUUGGCCACGGAAGCUUAUGAGAGAAGAAUUAAGCGCCUUGAGCAGGAAAAACUUGAACUUAGCAGAAAGCUUCAAGAGUCAACACAGACUGUUCAAGCACUGCAGUAUUCAACUGCUGACGGUCCGCUCACGGCAAGCAAAGAUUUAGAGAUCAAAACCUUAAAAGAAGAAAUUGAAAAACUAAGGAAACAAGUAAGAGAAUCGAGUCACUUGGAACAGCAACUUGAGGAAGCCAACGCUGUGAGGAGAGAGCUAGAUGAUGCUUUUAGGCAAAUCAAGGCUUAUGAAAAACAAAUCAAAACACUACAACAAGAAAGGGAAGAAUUAAACAAGGAACUAGUCCAGGCUAGUGAGCGAUUAAAAAACCAGUCCAAAGAGCUGAAAGACGCACACUGUCAGAGGAAACUGGCCAUGCAGGAAUUCAUGGAGAUCAAUGAGCGGCUAACAGAGUUGCACACCCAAAAACAGAAACUUGCUCGCCAUGUCCGAGAUAAGGAAGAAGAGGUGGACCUAGUGAUGCAAAAAGUUGAAAGCUUAAGGCAAGAACUGCGCAGGACAGAGAGAGCCAAGAAAGAGCUGGAAGUUCAUUCAGAAGCUGUGGCUGCUGAAGCAUCUAAAGACAGGAAAUUGCGUGAACAGAGCGAGCACUAUUCUAAGCAACUGGAAAAUGAAUUGGAGGGACUAAAGCAAAAACAAAUUAGUUACUCACCAGGACUGUGCAGCAUAGAACAUCAGCAAGAGAUCACCAAACUAAAGACUGAUUUAGAAAAGAAAAGUAUCUUUUAUGAAGAAGAAUUGUCUAAAAGAGAAGGAAUACACGCCAAUGAAAUUAAAAACCUGAAGAAAGAACUUCAUGAUUCAGAAGGCCAGCAACUUGCUCUCAACAAGGAAAUUUUGAUUUUGAAAGACAAAUUGGAAAAAAACAGGAGAGAGAGUCAAAGUGAAAGGGAAGAAUUUGAAAACGAGUUCAAACAACAGUACGAAAGAGAAAAAGUGUUGUUAACUGAAGAAAAUAAGAAACUGACAAGUGAACUUGAUAAGCUCACCACCUUGUAUGAGAACUUAAGUAUACGCAACCAGCAGUUAGAAGAGGAGGUGAAAGACCUGGCAGACAAGAAAGAAUCGGUUGCGCAUUGGGAAGCUCAAAUCACGGAAAUCAUUCAGUGGGUCAGUGAUGAAAAGGACGCACGAGGGUAUCUGCAGGCCUUAGCUUCUAAAAUGACUGAAGAGUUGGAAGCUUUAAGAAAUUCCAGCCUGGGUGCACGAGCAACAGAUAUGCCCUGGAAAAUGCGUCGUUUUGCAAAACUGGACAUGUCAGCUAGACUGGAGUUGCAGUCGGCCCUCGAUGCAGAAAUAAGAGCUAAACAGGCCAUCCAAGAAGAGUUGAAUAAAGUUAAAGCAUCUAACAUCAUCACAGAAUGUAAACUGAAAGACUCCGAGAAGAAGAACUUGGAGCUACUAUCAGAAAUCGAGCAGCUAAUAAAGGACACUGAAGAGCUUAGAUCUGAAAAGGGUAUAGAGCACCGAGACUCACAGCAUUCUUUCUUGGCAUUUUUGAAUACGCCUACCGAUGGUCUGGAUCAACUUGAAGAUUCCUUUUCUUCUUCCUCAUCUUCACUGAUUGAUUUUUUGGAUGACCGCUCUCCGUCCUGCACUCCAGCUAGCAAAGGCAGACGUACUGUAGACAGUACUCCUCUUCCUGUUCACACACCGACCUUAAGGAAAAAGGGAUGUCCUGCUUCAACUGGCUUUCCAGCUAAGCGCAAGACUCAUCAGUUUUUUGUCAAAUCUUUUACGACUCCAACCAGAUGUCACCAGUGCACCUCUCUGAUGGUGGGUCUGAUAAGACAGGGCUGUUCCUGUGAAGUGUGUGGAUUCUCGUGUCAUAUAACGUGUGUAAACAAAGCUCCAACUGUGUGUCCGGUCCCUCCUGAGCAGACAAAAGGUCCUCUGGGGAUAGAUCCACAGAAGGGAAUAGGAACAGCAUAUGAAGGUCAUGUCAGGAUCCCUAAGCCAGCAGGAGUGAAGAAAGGAUGGCAAAGAGCAUUGGCUGUGGUUUGUGACUUUAAGCUCUUCCUGUACGAUGUUGCUGAAGGAAAAGCGUCCCAGCCCAGUGUUGUUGUCAGUCAGGUGAUUGACAUGAGGGAUGAGGAAUUUUCUGUGAGUUCAGUCUUGGCCUCUGAUGUAAUUCAUGCAAGUCGGAAAGAUAUACCCUGUAUAUUUAGAGUCACAGCCUCCCAGCUCUCGGCGUCAGACAGCAGGUGUUCGGUCCUGAUGCUCGCGGAGAGCGAGAGCGAGAGGAACAGGUGGGUGGGCGUGCUCAGCGAGCUGCACAAGAUUUUGAAGAAAAACAAGUUCCGAGACCGCUCAGUCUACGUCCCCAAGGAGGCUUAUGACAGCACUCUGCCGCUCAUUAAAACCACCCAGGCGGCUGCGAUCAUAGACCAUGAAAGGAUCGCGUUGGGAAAUGAAGAAGGGUUAUUUGUCGUGCACAUCACGAAAGAUGAAAUUAUCAGAGUCGGUGACAAUAAGAAGAUCCAUCAGAUUGAACUCAUUCCAAAUGAUCAGCUUGUUGCUGUGAUCUCAGGACGAAAUCGUCACGUGCGCCUUUUUCCCAUGUCAGCUUUGGACGGACGAGAGACCGAUUUUUACAAGCUGGCAGAGACGAAAGGGUGUCAGACCAUAACUUCUGGCAAGGUGUGCCACGGAGCUCUCACGUGCCUGUGCGUGGCUAUGAAAAGGCAGGUCCUCUGUUACGAACUAUUUCAGAGCAAGACCCGUCACCGAAAAUUUAAGGAAAUCCAAGUCCCGUGUAACGUGCAGUGGAUGGCCGUCUUCAGCGAACAGCUGUGCGUGGGAUUCCAGUCGGGAUUCCUGAGAUACCCCUUGAAUGGAGAAGGGGGUCCGUACAGCAUGCUCCACUCAAAUGACCACACGCUGUCCUUUAUCACACAUCAGCCGAUGGACGCCAUCUGUGCAGUUGAGAUCUCCAGUAAGGAGUACCUGCUGUGUUUUAACAGCAUCGGGAUAUACACGGACUGCCAGGGCCGGAGAUCCAGACAGCAGGAGCUCAUGUGGCCAGCAAAUCCCUCCUCUUGCUGCUACAAUGCACCGUAUCUCUCCGUGUACAGUGAAAACGCAGUUGACAUCUUCGAUGUGAACUCCAUGGAAUGGAUUCAGACUCUCCCACUCAAAAAGGUUCGGCCCUUAAACAGUGAAGGAUCAUUAAACCUUUUAGGGUUGGAGACAAUUAGAUUAAUAUAUUUCAAAAAUAAGAUGGCAGAAGGGGAUGAGCUGGUGGUUCCCGAAACAUCGGAUAACAGUCGGAAGCAGAUGGUUAGAAAUAUUAACAAUAAGCGACGCUACUCCUUCCGGGUCCCAGAGGACGAGAGGUUGCAGCAGAGGAGAGAGAUGCUGCGAGAUCCAGAAAUGAGAAAUAAAUUAAUUUCUAACCCAACUAAUUUUAACCACAUAGCACACAUGGGCCCAGGAGAUGGGAUACAGAUCCUAAAAGACCUGCCCAUGCCAGGCCUCCCUUAUCCGCCCUCGCUUCACUCCGGCCUCAUCUCCUCUCCGAUCAACUUUGAGCACAUCUAUCACAUGACUGUUAAUUCCGCUGAAAAAUUUCUCUCUCCUGAUUCCAUAAACCCUGAGUAUUCCCCGUCUCUACGCUCUGCCCCCGGUACACCCAGCUUUAUGACUCUGAGGAACCCUCGGCCUCAGGAGAGUCGGACCGUGUUCAGUGGCUCGGUCAGUAUUCCGUCUAUCACCAAAUCCCGCCCUGAACCCGGUCGCUCCAUGAGCGCCAGCAGCGGCCUGUCAGCAAGGUCAUCCGCACAGAACGGCAGUGCGCUAAAGAGAGAAUUCUCUGGAGGGAGCUACAAUGCCAAGUGGCCGCCCAUGCCCUCCCCGUCGGAGGGCUCCCUGUCUUCUGGAGGCAUGGACCAGGGAAGCGACGCCCCGGUCAGGGACUUUGAUGGAGAGGACUCGGAUUCUCCGAGGCAUUCCACGGCCUCCAACAGCUCCAACCUGAGCAGCCCGCCCAGCCCCGCGUCGCCCCGCAAGACCAAGAGCCUCUCCCUGGAGAGCACGGACCGUGGGAGCUGGGACCCGUGA